GCCCUCCCCGUCCUGGCUUCAGGCUCCCGCUCCGCCGGCAGCCGCACCUGCUCCGGCCAAGAUGAGCUUCAGCGGCGCGGACGCGCUGCUGGGCGCCUUUGCGCCGCUGCACGGAGGAGGCAGCCUGCACUAUGCGCUGGCCCGCAAGGGCGGCGCGGGCGGAGUGCGUUCUGCAGCCGGCUCCUCCAGCGGCUUCCACUCGUGGGCGCGGACGUCCGUGAGCUCCGUGUCGGCCUCGCCGAGCCGCUUCCGCGGCGCAGGAGCCGCAUCCAGCACCGACUCACUAGACACGCUGAGCAACGGACGCGUCGAGCUGCAGAAGAAAGCGCAAGCCCUGCAGGAAGAGUGCGGCUACCUGCGGCGUCACCACCAGGAGGAGGUGGGCGAGCUGCUCGGCCAGAUCCAGGGCAGCGGCGCCGCGCAGGCGCAAGCGCAGGCUGAAGCGCGCGACGCCCUCAAGUGCGACGUGACGUCGGCACUGCGCGAGAUCCGCGCGCAGCUUGAAGGCCACACGGUGCAGAGCACGCUACAGUCCGAGGAGUGGUUCCGAGUGAGGCUGGACCGACUGUCAGAAGCAGCCAAGAUGAACACAGACGCCAUGCGCUCAGCACAGGAGGAGAUAACUGAGUACCGGCGCCAGCUGCAGGCCAGGACCACAGAGCUGGAGACGCUCAAAAGCACCAAGGACUCGCUGGAGAGGCAGCGCUCUGAGCUGGAGGACCGUCAUCAGGCUGACAUCGCAUCCUACCAGGAAGCCAUCCAGCAGCUGGAUGCUGAGCUGAGGAACACCAAGUGGGAGAUGGCAGCCCAGCUCCGAGAGUACCAGGACCUGCUCAAUGUCAAGAUGGCUCUGGAUAUCGAGAUUGCUGCUUAUAGAAAACUCCUGGAGGGCGAAGAAUGUCGGAUUGGCUUUGGCCCAACUCCUUUCUCCCUUCCAGAAGUACUCCCCAAAAUCCCCCCCAUGACCACUCACAUAAAGGUCAAAAGCGAAGAGAAAAUCAAGGUGGUAGAAAAGUCAGAGAAGGAAACUGUGAUUCUGGAGGAACAGACAGAGGAGGUCCAAGUGACCGAAGAAGUGACUGAAGAAGAGGAGAAAGAGGUGAAAGAGGAGGAAGCUAAGGAGGAGGAAGGAAGAGAAGAAGCAAAGUCUCCCCCAGCAGAAGAGGCCAAGUCCCCUGCUGAGGCCAAGUCCCCAGAAAAGGCUGAGUCCCCAGUGGAAGUGAAGUCACCAGAGAAGGCUAAAUCUCCUGUGAAGGAAGAAGCCAAAUCCCCAGAGAAAGCCAAAUCCCCAGUGAAGGAAGAGGCCAAAUCCCCAGAGAAGGCCAAAUCCCCAGUGGAGGCCAAGUCCCCAGAGAAGGCCAAGUCCCCAGUGAAGGAAGAGGCCAAAUCUCCAGAGAAGGCCAAGUCCCCAGAGAAGGAAGAGGCCAAGUCCCCAGAGAAGGCCAAGUCCCCAGUGAAGGAAGAGGCCAAAUCUCCAGAGAAGGCCAAGUCCCCAGAGAAGGAAGAGGUCAAAUCCCCAGAGAAGGCCAAGUCCCCUGUGAAGGAAGAGGCCAAAUCUCCAGAGAAGGCCAAGUCCCCCGUGAAGGAAGAGGCCAAAUCUCCAGAGAAGGCCAAAUCCCCAGAGAAGGCCAAGUCCCCUGUGAAGGAAGAGGCCAAAUCUCCAGAGAAGGCCAAGUCCCCAGAGAAGGCCAAGUCCCCUGUGAAGGAAGAGGCCAAAUCUCCAGAGAAGGCCAAGUCCCCUGUGAAGGAAGAGGCCAAAUCUCCAGAGAAGGCCAAGUCCCCAGAGAAGGCCAAGUCCCCUGUGAAGGAAGAGGCCAAAUCUCCAGAGAAGGCCAAGUCCCCCGUGAAGGAAGAGGCCAAAUCCCCAGAGAAGACCAAAUCCCCAGUGGAGGUCAAGUCCCCAGAGAAGGCCAAGUCCCCUGUGAAGGAAGAGGCCAAAUCUCCAGAGAAGGCCAAGUCCCCAGAGAAGGCCAAGUCCCCCGUGAAAGAAGAGGCCAAAUCUCCAGAGAAGGACAAGUCCCCUGUGAAGGAAGAGGCCAAGUCCCCAGAGAAGGCCAAGUCUCCUGUGAAGGAAGAGGCCAAAUCCCCGGAGAAGGCCAAGUCUCCUGUGAAGGAGGACACCAAGGCUCCUGAGAAGGAGGUCCCCAAGAAGGAAGAGGCAAAGUCCCCUGUGAAGGAGGAAGAGAAACCACAGGAGGUAAAAGCCAAAGAGCCCCCAAAGAAGGUGGAGGAGAAAGCUCCAGCCACACCAAAAACUGAGAAGGACAGCAAGAAAGAUGAGGUGCCCAAGAAGGAGGCUCCAAAGCCCGAGGUGCCGGAGAAGAAGGAGCCUGCUGUGGAGAAGCCCAAAGAACCCAAAGCUGAAACCAAGAAGGAAGAGGCUGAAGAUAAGAAAAAAGCAACAACUCCAGAGAAGGAGGCUCCCGCCAAGGGGAAGGAAGACGCCAAACCCAAAGAGAAGGCUGAGGUGGCCAAGAAGGAACCAGAUGAUGCCAAGGCCAAAGAACCCAGCAAAGCAGCAGAGAAGGAGCCAGAAAAGCCAAAGAAGGAAGAGACGCCAGCAGCACCUGAGAAAAAAGACGCCAAGGAGGGGAAGGCCACAGAGGCCAAGAAGCCUGAGGAGCCCAGCAAGGAGGCCUCCACACCCGGCAAAGCCAAGACGGAAAAGGCCGAGAAGUCCUCUAGCACAGACCAGAAAGAUAGCAAGCCUCCAGAGAAGGCCACAGAAGAGAAGGCCACCAAGGGGGAGAAGUAAGGUAGGAAGAAAGGAACAUCCAGAGCAGCCAAAGAAACUCAGGAGGGUCUGGGAGCUCAAGGAUCGGCAUAACCAAUUUUCACUUUUCCUUUCUUUUCUUUAAGAAGAAACUCUGCUUAGACGAUGGGCCCUCCUUCACCAAACAGGAAUUUCUAUUAGCAAUAUGUUAGCAAGAGAGGGCACUCCAAACCCCUGGUCCCACACCCCAAACCCUCCAUAGGUGAUGGACAAUUAUGUUAUGAUAGCUUAUGUAGCCGAAUGUGCUAUAUGCCGAAUGCCACACGUAAACACUUGACUAUAAAAACUGCCCCCUCCUCUCCAAAUAAGUGCAUUUAUUUCCUGUAUGUGCAAUUGACAGAUGACCGCAAUAAUGAAUGAGCAGUUAGAAACAUAUUAUGCUUGAGAUGUCUUAACCUAUUCCUGAAUGCCUUCUAUUUUCCAAAGGAGUGGUCAAGCCCUUGCCUCAAGCUCUCUAUCCUGGAAGAGCUGGAGCCGGUGGGGCUAGGCACUGGCCACUGAACUAUGCCGGGGCGCACUUUUCCACUGGAGUCCACUUUCAAUUGCUUCUGUGCAAUAAAACCAAGUGCU